GGUUGAUAGGAUAACACGCUUUCGGUGACUCUUGGCUCAACACGCAACAUCAACUUUUUUUAAAGAAUGGAAUUAGUGGUUUGUUAAUUUACCAAAGAGACAUUAAGCGAAAAAAUACGUUGAAAUACAAGUGCGUUGGGUGCAGGUUUUGCCCAAGGCAUGGCUCUGUAGACUCUCCAGCAGGUUUGCUCACAGUAGGCUUGCCAGCUUGCAACCGCCAGCUAAGCUAGCUAACUUGCUAGCUAGCAACAUUGCAGUUCAAAAUGACUGACUGCUGCGCCGCAGCCAACUGUGAUUACCAGCGAGGGGAUUCUGAAAUCUCCCCUCCACUUUUCAGCUUUCCUUUGGAUCUUGACCGAUGCAAACAAUGGUUGCACAACUGUCAUCGCCCAGACCUGGCCUCGCAGCCUCCAGAGCAGUUGCACAAGCAGUACAAACUUUGUGCAAAGCACUUUGAACCUGCUGUCAUCUCUCAUCAGAGCGCCUCCAGUUGUGUCUUAAGGGACGAUGCUGUUCCAACAAUAUUUGACUCUCCUGUGAAUAAUCAAUCAACCUACAACAGGAAACGAGCAAGAGAUCCUUCUGAAGAGGAACCUGGCUAUGUGAAGAAAUCAAAAGAAAACACAGCAGCAACAGAAGAGUCUGAGGAGAGGAUAGAAGACCCUGAAGAGAGCAGUGCAGAGCAUGAACUGCAACAAGAGAACCAAACACCAGAGGAUGUAGCCAGCUCUAAAGCAAAAGAGACUCUAAAAGUCUAUUUCAAAGAAAUCCUGGCACUGACUGGAUUCAGCAUAAACGGUUCCAACAUCACCGAUGAGCCAAUCAGCGGUUCUAGGGGGCAGCAGGCUCUCAAUCGUAUCUGUGUGGAGAAAAUUGACAAGAAAGAAAUUCUCCAGUUCAGUGAAGACCUCAUGCGGGAGGAGAUCCAAAACAGCCUCCGACAGGCUCGGUUCUUCUCCAUCCUGCUCCAGGAUGUGACGAGUAUAGAAGGGAAGGAUCAGAUCCCUGUGUUCAUCAGGUCCGUCACAGUAGAUGGGUUCCCACAGAAGCACCUCAUUGGGUUCUUACCAUGUGACAUGGAUGCAGAUAAUCUGUUCUACGUGCUUCUCGCAGAGUUGCGAAACAAGUGGGGGCUGAGGAUGGAGCACUGCAGAGGACUGUCCUAUCUGGUGACAGGUAGCAUGUGUCAGAAAAUGCGAGACAUGACCUCCAAGAUUCUGCAAGAGUUCCCACAAGUAGUUCUGUCACCAAGUGACCCAUAUGCCUUCAACAUAUGGAUUAUCCGCUGCAUGCCUGUCCCCUCGAUUCAAAACGUUGCCAACACUGUAGAAGAGGUGGCCUCGUUACUCAGGAGAACCCCAGAACUGUGGAAAAGAUUGGAGGGAAAGAUCCCGAUGACAUAUGGGCAUAUAAAAGGGGAAGUGGAAAGGAUCAAGGCAGCCGUCAGUGAAAAUUGGGAAUAUGGCACGGAUGCCUUCCAGACCAUGUUGGACAUCCUGGAGCCAUUCCUGAACUGCAUCAACGAGAUGAUUUCAAAGGUAGACGAAGAUACUGCUGAACAGAUGGCCAAGCUCAAACCAGUUUUGAAGAAUUUCAAUUUUAUCAUCACACUUAUUGCUCUAAAGAACACCCUCUGUUGUGUUAGCAUACUCAACUCCAGUCUCAGGGGAAUAAUCAGCAUCAGCAGUACGUUGCAGUACACAAUUUCCAAUGCCUUAAAGCUGGUAAGCAAAUACCAACAGGAGCUUGCAAUAUUCCACAGGAAAUGGUUUUCCGAUGCACUUGGCAGAGCAAAGAAGCUGGGAGUGGAGGUCACUAAACCAGAGGUGGACCAAGGAAACGCCACUGAAACGCCACUGGAGGACUUUUACAGGGAAACCCUAAGCCGGCCUAUCUUGCAGUAUCUUGUUGCAGAGGUGAAGAGAGUGUUCAGCACAGAGAUGGUGAGGAUUCUUCGAUGGCUUUCGUUAGUGCCAUCUUACAUGGCUGACCACAAUUUCAGCAUUCGCAGGGAUAAAGUAGCAGACGCCAACUUGAACAACCUUGCCAGGCCUGACACAUUCUACGAAGAGCUUGGCUGUUGGGAAGUGAAGUGGAGGCAUGCAAGCAAGCGCAGGAUCUUACCAACCACAGUGUUUGCUACACUCAAGAUUCCAGAUAUAGGCUUUUACCCGAACGUGCAGAGCCUGCUGCGGGUGUUGGGCACGGUUCCAUGUGUCAAUGCAGAGGCAGAUGUGUAUGGUCAAUACCAUAUGGUACUGGAGAGGUGCCAUUCCUACCUUAAAGCCACACCACAGGACCAAAGAAAAUGCAGCAUGGCAUAUGUCUACGUGAACCAAGAUGUGCAUUUCAAUGUUGAACAAAUGGUGGAUUCAUAUGUCCAGAAACACCCAGACAUCAUGCAAUUGCUGCAAACGGAUGAUGACACAAAGCAGAAGCAAUCCCAAGUGGCAUCCCAUGGGAACCAUGCUGAAAAGGACACUGAAGAAGAAUUACAGUUCAUAAACCUAGAGAUGGAUGCUGAAAGGCUUGUGGAGCUGAAGUGUGCAGAGACUGAUAGAGAAUCUCUUAAAUCUGCUUUGCAGGCUGCGGUGACGUCUGCAUACAGCAGUCACAGCAGGCCACAUGGUGACGCUUCUGCUCAGGAAGGAGAGGUCGAGUAUGUGACCAAGUCUGAAAUGAAAGAAGUUCUUACUGUGUGCGAGAAGGCGGUCAGGGAGGGAAUCCUCUUGGAAGUGGGCACUUCAUUAUUUUCCUUGUUCAUCGACCGUGUUGUGAAGUUGGGAGAGAAAGACUAUCUUCCACUUUUCCUGAGGUUCGUGGACAGCUUUGAUGUCAUGCGAUUAGAGUUGAUGGGAUUCCUUGAGGCAGAUCUCGAUUGUGAGGACAUGGGACAGCGUCUUCUGGAAAUAGUUACAGUUGAGUGGAAUCUUGAUUUGAAUAACUGCAGAGGUCAAGCAUACCUAGGCUCUGGGGAUGUUUCUUACAAGCUGAAAGCAUUCGCCUGCAAAGUCCAGGAGACUCAUCCCCUUGCUAUAAGCACACACUGCUCUUCCUACUCUUUCAACACAUGGUGGUCAAAAUCCAUCCCAGUGCCUGCUAUUAAGAGAGCCUUGGAUACAUUUGAAGAGGUUUUGAUGUUUUUUGGAAGCAGUGCUACUCUACAGAAACAGCUGGACCCUGUGAUAGCCUUUGGUCUUAGAGAGAGCUAUGAGAAGGUCCAGGAGUUACAGGGGAAGUUCUGUGCUCUUUGGCAGGAGAAGCAUGACUCUUAUGAGGUGUUUGUGCAGAUGCUAGAGCCUUUGGUUGAAUGUCUGGAGAAAAUCAAGAAUAACCCACAGAGAUGGAAAGCCUUUGUGUCUGACCAAGCUGGGGCACUCCUCCGCAAAGUAAUGGAGUUUGAUUUCAUCAUUGCCAUGGUGGUGUUGAAGAAUGCCUCCUCUUUCACCAAAGAGCUGAGUGCAGGUCUCCAGAAGGACCACUUCAGUGCCGCAUCCCAACUUUGCCAAAUCGCUGGUAUUGUGGCCACUCUGAACCGAGUGAAAACCAACAUGAAGGUGUUCCACCAGAACUGGUUUGACGAGGCCUGUGCUAUGGCACAGAGUCUAAGAGUGCAGAUUGAAGUGCCUGACUCGUGCCAAAAUUCAAUGCCAAGAGACGGCAUGAUGAAGCCAGUGGGUUUUUACAAAGAUGGCUUGAGUGUGCCCCUGGUGGAUAACCUUAUCAAUGCCGUGAAGGAUCAUUUUUCCGAGGACCACAAAGAAGCUCUUAACUUCCUCUCCCUAGUUCCAUGCUCAGUCACAGUCAGUUACAUGUUUGAGAGCUUGAAGUCAAAGCCCCCUCUCUACAGCAGAGAUCUCCCUGAUGCUGACAACUUCUUCACAGAGCUCUGCUGUUGGAGGGUAACAUGGAAGACCAAAGUUGCAUCCGUGACCGUACCAGGCUCAAUAUUUCACACAUUGCGCCUCCCACUCAUGCAGUACUUUGGUAACAUCAAUGCACUGCUGAGGAUCAUGUCGGUGCUUCCCAGCACAGCGCUGGAGGACUGCGGUGUCAUAAUGCGCCACAAGAGGUUCCAAGAGUACCUGAGAAUUACAAACCCCAAAGUCAGGUCCCCGUGCCUGGCUAUGCUGCAGGUGGGCACAGACUUCAGCAGAGACCUGGACCGCAUGGUGACCCAGUGUCUGAAGGUUACUCCGCAAGCCUUGGAGGGCAUUUGUCUGGACAAGGAAUCCAAAAGUUUCAUCAGGAAUUCGGAAAAUAACAUGGAAGUUGACUGUGUCAAGGAGGAAGCUGAAGAGCCUAUAAUUCAUCAAUCUCCUGACAAGAGUGAGGACCAGGAGAUGAAAACAGCAGAUGAAAAUGGGCACUCAGGAGAUAAUCGGCAAAGCUUGGCGACAGUAUUCAAACUGGCCACACUACUGGGGAAAAAGAACGUCAGUCUCUCUGACCUCUCCGAAGAGGACCGAGAGCUUUUCAUCCAGGAGCUCAGCCUGUGCCACUGGUUUGGAAAUGAGAACAAAUGCACACCUUCUAUAGGUGAUGAUGAAAUGGUGGACCUCCUCAAAAAUGGAAUCAGAGAUGUCAUACUUAAGGAAAUACAGGAAUCGCCGUUCUUCUCACUGAUCACAGACAAACCGGUUACAAUUGCUGACAAGACCCACCUGCCGGUUUUUGUCAGGUAUGUGGUAGAAUCCGCUCCAAAAGUAGAGUUGAUGGGUUUCUUACCAUUUGAUGAAAACCGCCAUGUUGAUACACAAGCGAAUAGCCUCGCAAAGAUUCUCACCGAAGACUGGGGCCUACCUAUGUCUCAGUGUCGGGGACAAGCAUUCAUGCACCUGGGCUCAGGUUAUCAAAGCCUGAAGAAAAUGUCUUUGGAUUUCCUCAAGAGCUAUCCGCUCUCUGUUGUGACCCCCAGUGAGUCUUGCGGACUUGCCCAUUGGCUGGCAGGAAGUGUGCCUUGCCCUUCAGUAGCAAAGAUGUUGGAUAUCACAGAGGACCUUUUGCUGUUCUUUGAUGAAUCUCCUUUACUGGAGGAGCAGCUGGCACAGGCUGUUGAAGGGCUUUUGAAUAUGCCAAGAGAGGCUCUCGAGGAAAUCCCAGAAACAUGUUGCUCGAGGUGGAAAAAGAGAGAGGACUUUUUUGACCUACUUGCUGACACAUUGGAGGGUGUCCUCAGCUGCCUAGACGCUGUCAGCUCUAGUGCCACAGGUGCAAAGUCAAUGCAUGCUCAAGUACUCUCAACCGCUCUGAGGAAUAUGGAUUUCAUCGUCACCCUUGUGAUUUUGAAGAAUGCUUGCGCUCCUCUUCGUAACUGUAGCACUGUCUUCCGUUGUGGAAACCCUGCUGACAUUCUUUGUGAAGUGGAAAAAAUCCCCUCGAUCAUUGACACUCUUGAGAAAAUGUUAGUAAAUGUGAGCACUCUGCACUCCACUUGGUUUGAGCAGGCAUUCCAGCUAGCCAUCAAGGUAGCUCCUGAACACGUGUUCUUCUCAGAGGAAGCCAACAGCUAUGAAUCUCCUGAGAUAUAUUACAGAGAAAAUCUGAGCGUCCCUCUCCUCAGGAGUCUCAUCGACGAUAUGAAGUACAGCUUCUCUGACGGCCACUUGGAGGCCCUGUCGGUCCUGUCGUUACUGCCCUCCUGCAAUCCCCAGCCCAUUAUGCCCGAGUCCACAGUCAAGCCAUUCAGCCUCUACCUUGCAGAUGUUUCUGACCCUGAAGCAGCUGAGCAGGAAAUCAACGCAUGGGCCGCCGUCUGGAGCGAGAAAUACCAGGAUGUUGCUCCUCCAUCAUCCAUUGCUGAAACACUAGUGCAUCCUGAGUCAAAGAGCCACCCAACUGUGACCUCACUGCUAAGGCUAGUAGCUGUCCUACCCAGUGUCAGUAUGGAGUGGGACCUGAUGAAGACCACUCUGAAUUCCAUCAGGGAUCUGUUAAAAAGCACUGUAUGCAAAGGCAGCAGAAUGGAUCACGUGGUGCUUCUCUCUCACUGCACAACUCUGCAGAGACUGCCAGAGGUCAUUGAGAAGUGCAUGGAGGUCGAUCCAGAGUGCAGUCCAUGUCUUUCCCAGGUGAUGGGAACUUUGCAGAGACUGAAGUUGGACAGUGUAGGCAUUAAAGCGGCAUCACCAAGAGACCCCUCACUUAUACUGCUGGAGCCUGCUGAUGGGGACAUAGUAUUGGAGGUUGCACCAGGACCAAGAAAAGCGGUGUCUUUCUACGAGCCACAACUGCGGGAAGAAAUCCUCAAGGAGCUCUGGGACUCUCAGUUCUUUACAUUUAUAACUGAGCAGGCUGUUGAAGUUGAUGGUGAGAUCUAUGUCCCGUUGUGCAUCAGGUACUUAAACAAAGAGGACAUCCAGUGUGAGGAAACACUUGCUUUCAUCCCUUUCGGUGCAGACCCAGUUGUUGUUUCAGAUUCUAUUGAGACAGCCCUUUCAGAGAAGUGGGGUCUCAACAUGGAGUACUGUAGAGGGCAGGCCCUGCUGAGUGUUGGUGAAAUAGGAGCUCAAAUGAGGGCUGUAAGUCUAGCUAUAGCUAAGAAAUAUCCCCAGGCUGUCAGAACUGUCAGCUCUGCUUUGUCUCUUAAUGUAUGGCUGGCUAAAUCCUCUCCCGCUGAGGAAGCAGCAGAUGGAGCAGUUCUCAUAAGUAAAAUAUUGCACUGGCUCACUGAGAAUGCCGAACGCCAGAACAAACUGGAGGAGGUGAUCCUCCACGUGUUCCAGCAGGAUGAGGUAAAGGGCAACGAGCUGAGGGACAAACUCAUCAAGAACUGGGACAAGAGCCAUGACAUGCACGAGGUGAUGGUUGAUAUUUUAGAAGCUGUCAUGCUCUGUCUGAAUGAGCUGAAAGGAGAGGGAAGUGCUUUAGACCAGCAGCAAGCUUCAACGUUUUUCGAUGCGGUCAGAAACUUUGAGUUCAUCCUAUCGACUGUGGUGCAGAAGAGCAUCUUGAGUGUAACUAAAAAGCUAAGUCAGUCUCUUCAGGGCAAACCUUUAGACAUGUUACACGCUGUGAAUAAUUUGUCUGAUCUGAAAGCAUCCCUCAGUGUACUGCAAAGUGAUAUAGCCACCCAUCACAAGGCCUGGUUUGAGGAAGCCACCGCGCUGGCUUCUAAACUCCAUGUAACCAUGCUGCAUUCAGUGCUUCUGGAGCCAUUGAGUGAGUUUUACAAAGAAUCAAUAAGCAUGAAGCUUGUAGAGCACUCGAUAGCCGAAAUUGACGACCUCUUUACAGAGAAGGUAUUGGAUACCUUGAGGUGUCUGGAGAUUGUGCCUUACGCAAUGUCCAAAGUAGAAACCAGCAUUCUGAGUGGUCUUGUGUUCCGCCUGUACAAGGACGACUUGCCAGACCAGGUCUCUCUUCAGUCUGAGAUGAAGUUGUGGAAGGAGAAAUGGUUGGAUCCCCUGGCAGGCUAUCUCCCAACCACUGUGCUCGAUACACUCAAGACGUCACAGAUUCGAAGUUUCAGUAACAUUGAAACUCUCCUCAGACUCCAGGUCAUCUUGCCGUUUUCCAGGAGGGAGAGCAACUUCAGGCAGGGAAAAAGAAGCUUACAGGAAUUCAUACUGCAGGAAAAGCGCUCCCUGUCUGAGCUACAUCCUCUGUAAGAGUUGCAGGUCUUCCGUGGUGGGCAGCAGAUUUGAGCAAUGCGUUUUAGAUUUCACCGCCACCACACUUAAGAACUAAUCUGUCUCAAGACUAUUUGAGAUCCCGAGUUCUAAACUCAAUAUUGCUGUGUACAUUACUGAUCUAUAGUUCUUUGAGAUUUCCUUUUGUUGUUAUACUGCAAACCAGGCCCUACAUUAUGUUUUUUUUUUAUCCUGUAGUUUGUACAGUUGUACUGCCCAAUGGGACCAAUGUCUUGGCAAAAAAAAAAGCAUUGCUUGUGUGCCUUGAUGCGAAAUGAUAAAUUCACCCCAUGUCUCAUGAUAAAUCAGAUGUUGAAAAUGUCCCAUUGGAGUUGACUGACUUCUAUAUCACUGUCAAGAAAUCAUUAUAAUUAAAUUGCACCCUUACCUUUCCUUGGCACAAAUAGAAAUGGUUAGCUCCAUCCUGUCUCCUGAUGAUUUCUCAUGUUUCCUGUCUAUUUGCAGGAAUGAAUUUGCUGUAAACGUAUCUUUUGAAAGAAUGUUUCCCUAAUAGGAAACCUUCAUAUAUAUUUGUCAAAAAAGUAAUAAAAUGCUCCAAAAAGA